ACUGAAAAUGAGUAGCCUGUCGUCGCAGGAACACUGAUAUGUUUAAUCUAAGUGCUACUUUAACCGCAAUAAUUCAUAAGUGAUGAAUGUGGGCGUAGCUCACAGUGAGGUGAACCCCAAUACGAGGGUUAUGAACAGCCGUGGAAUUUGGCUGGCUUACCUGUUGCUGACUACUGUAUUGCACGUUGUGCUACUGAGCAUUCCAUUCUUCAGUGUGCCUGUUGUGUGGACCCUGACGAAUGUCAUCCAUAAUAUGAUUAUGUACCUGUUCUUGCACACGGUGAAAGGCACUCCGUUUGAAACACCUGACCAGGGUAAGGCCCGCCUCCUCACACAUUGGGAACAGAUGGACUACGGCAUACAGUUCACUUCAUCUCGGAAGUUCCUCACCAUCUCCCCAAUUGUGCUGUAUCUCCUGGCCAGCUUCUACACAAAGUAUGAUGCCACCCAUUUCCUGGUCAACACGUGCUCACUUCUCAGUGUGCUUCUUCCAAAGUUGCCACAGUUCCAUGGAGUGCGCAUCUUUGGAAUCAACAAAUAUUGACUGUGGGGGAUGGGAUUUUCAGCUUUCAGUAUAGUUUUCUCACCUCAGGUUGACAGAGACCAAGGGCUGAGGUGUAACGGAAGAAGAUGGGGUUACCUCUGCAUCUAAGGGACUUUUCUUAUGUCAGCUGUGAAAUGCUGACCAUCACCCGGUUGUUCUUGUUAAUGAUAUUGCCUAGAUUUAAGUAAUUAUAUAAUAUGCACCAUAUGAUGACCAUGACUAGUUAUCUGUGUAAAGUCAGCAAGAGAACUGUGGGUUCUUUAGAAAAAUAUGAUGUGAAGACUUGGUCUCUUGUUGCUGAUGUUUUCAAAAUGCCUUUUUUGAAAUACUAUGAAAAUGUUCCAUGCCUUGAAGUGGAAUUGGGGUGUCUGAUGGAUAGGCAUAGAUACAGUGCUACUCACAGGCCACCUUCCACUACUGAAUGUGUGCUACUGCGUUAUUUAUUUAUUAAAGUCAACGAUUGCCUUACAUUCUCCUAUACUAUUGUUGCCAUGAUAUUAAUACCUUCCUGAUUUUUUUUUUUUACUUUAAAGUUUGUAGAGUGAGUAUGUGUAUGAGUGUAAAGAGGGUUGUGAUUAGCUCUUGGUUGGGUAAUUUUGACCAAAACAAAAACAGGACCAGUUUAGAAUAUAGAUUUAUUUGAGAAGCAAGGUAUGGCCAACUAACUGCAUAUGAAGAAGCCAAACGGUCAAGCUAGAAGCAGAUAGUGAAUGCACAUUCUUCAACCCCAAAGAAAGUAGUUUGGCCAUGUUAAAAGUUUUAACUUGGGAGCAGUCUUUUGAAUGUACAAGUGAGCAACAAAAUAGAAAAAAAAGGUCAUAUCGGAGGGAGUAUAAUAUUUUUGAAAUGUCAGAUUUAAUUACCUUGGUUUUGAUGUUGCAAGUUAUUUUUUCACAACUGCACAAAUGACAAAUACAAUUAAUAAAAACACUUGCUGUUUAAAACA